AUGGCUCAGCAUUCCAAAUUGUCCUCCAUUUUAUUGCUUGCAUUUGUCUACUUUAUACAUGACCACAUGAUAACUACUAUAACAGCACGUCGCAUUCUACAAACUCCUAGUUUCUCAACGUCCACUAUCCCUAGUUUCUCAACGCCCACCACCCCCAGUUUCUCCAAUACCCUCGGUCUUUCAAAGCCCGCUACCUCAAGUUUCUCCAAUUCUCCCAGUCUUUCAAAGCCUGAGACCCCUAGUUUCUCGAAGCCCCAGACUCCUAGUUUCUCAAAACCUGAGACCCCUAGUUUCUCAAAGCCUAAAACACCUAGUUUCUCAAAGCCCAAAACUCCUAGUUUCUCAAAACCUGAGACUCCUACUUUUUCAAAGCCCCAGACCCCUAGUUUCUCAAAACCCGAGACUCCUAGUUUCUCAAAGCCUGAAACACCUAGUUUCUUAAAGCCCAAAACUCCUAGUUUUUCAAAACCGCAAACUCCUAGUUUCUCAAAACCUGAGACUCCUACUUUUUCAAAGCCUGAGACCCCUAGUUUCUCAAAAUCCGAGACUCCUGGUUUCUCAAAGCCCGAAACAUCUAGUUUCUCAAAGCCUGUAACUCCUAGUUUCUCAAAGCCCGAAACUCCUAGUUUCUUAAAACCCACGACUCCUAGUUUCUCAAAGCCUGAAACUCCUAGUUUCCCAAAGCCUGAAACUCCUAGUUUCUCAAAACCCGAAACUCCGAGUUUCACAAAAACUGAAACUCCUAGUUUCUCAAAACCUGAGACCCCUACUUUUUCAAAGUACGAAACUCCUAGUUUCUCAAAGACCAAGACUCCUAGUUUUUCAAAGUCCAAAACUCCUAGUUUCUCAAAACCUGAAACUCCUAGUUUGUCAAAGCCUGAGACACCUAGCUUCUUAAAACCCAAGACUCCUAAUUUCUUAAAACCCGAAACUCCGAAUACCCCUGCUUUUUCAAAGCCUGAGACUCCAACUUUUUCGAAGCCCGAAACCCCUAGUUUCUCAAAACCUGAGACUCACAGUUCCCCAAAGCUUGAGACUCCUACUCUUUCUAAGCCCGAGACUCCUACUUUCUCAAAACGGGAGAACCCUAGUUUCUCAAAGCCUGAGACUCCUUCUUCUUCAAAGACCGAAACCCCUACUUUCACAAAACCCGAAACUCCUUCUUUCUCAAAACCCGAGAUCCCAAGUUUUUCAAAGCCAAAUAUCCCUAGUUUCUUAAAAUCGGAGACUCCUAUUUUCUCAAAACCUGACACACCUAGUUCUCCAAAGUCUGAGACUCCUAAUUCUCCAAAGAACGAGGCCCCUAGUUUUUCAAAGCCUGAAACCCCUAUUUUCCCUAAAUUCGAGACACCAACUUUCUCAAAUCCUAAGACUCUGAGUUCUCCAAAGUCUGAGACCCCAACUUUCCCAAAGCCUGAAAUCCCAAGUUCUCCAAAGCUUGAGACCCCGAGUUCUCCAAAGCCCGAGACCCCUAGUUCUCCAAUGUCUGAGAGCCCUAGUUUCUCAAAGCCUGAGAUGCCAAGUUCCCUAAAAUCUGAGACUCCUAGUUUUUCAAAACCUGAGACUCCAAUUUUUCCAAAGUCUGAGACCCCUACUUUCUCAAAGUCUGAAAUCCCGAAUUCUCCAAACCUCGAGACCCCAAGCACCCCUAAGCCUAUGACACCUAGCUUUUCAAAACCAACUCCUAGCUUCUCAAAGAUCGAGACUCCUAGAUUUUCAAAGCCUGAUACCCCAAGUUUCUCAAAGCCUGAGACCCCAAGUUCCUUGAAGACUGAGGCUCCAAGUUCUCCAACACCCGAGACACCAAGUUUUUCAAAAUCGGAGACUCCCAGCUUCUCAAAGCCUGAGAUUCCAAGUUCUCCAAAGCUCGAGACCCCAAAUUCCCCAAACCCCGAGACCCCUAGUUUCUCAAAGCCCAAGACGCCUAGUUUCUCAAAACCCGAGACUUUAAGUUCGCCAAAGCCUGAGACCCCUCGUUCUCCAAAGACCGAGACCUCUAGUUUCUCAAAGCCCGAAACUUCUAGUUACUCAAAUCCUGAAACGCCAAGUUCCUCUAAGACAGAGACUCCUAAUUUCUCAAAACCUGAGACACCAAGUUCUCUAAAGCCCAAUACUUCUACUUUCUCAAAGCCCGAAACUCCAAGUUCCUCAAAAUCCGAGGCUCCAAGUUUCUCAAAGCCUGAGACCCCUAUCUCUUUUAAGCCUGAGACUCCUAGCUUCUCAAAGCCUGAGACUCCUAGUUCCCCAAAGCCCGAGACACAAAGUUCUCCAAAGUUCGAGACCCCUAGCUACCAAAAGCCUGAGACUCCAAGUUCCCCAAAGAUCGAGAAUCCAAAGAACGAGACAUCAAGUUCGCCUAAGUCUGAGAUCCCAAGUUUUCCAAAAUUUGAGACUAUUAGUUUCUCAAAACCUGAGACCUCGAAUUCUUCAAAACCUGAGUUUCCAACAAUCCCGGAACUUGAGACUCCUAGUGUCUCUAUGCCUCAAAUACCAAGUGUGCCAAAGCGUGAGCUACCAACUACCCCAAAGUCUGAGCUCCCAACUUUUACAAAGCCUGAAUUUCCAGUUGUUUCAAAUCCUGACAUUCCAAGUGUGAUAAAGACUUAAAAUCCAAACUUUCGAAACCAAAAAUUGUCAUCUUCUCCAUGAGUAACUUUGGUGUUAUUCAUAUGGAAUGACUUAUGUUGGCUAACAGACGAAUUUGAUCACACAUGAAUGAGUUGACAAUGGGUUGCAUGCGCAUGGAUACAAUAUUUGACUUGUUGGUAUUUUAUGUGAAUAAAAAUGAGUUGAAUGAUGGAUGAUAUUAUAAUAUCCACUCAUUAUCUACUCAUAAAUUGUACAAAAUGGAAAUUAGCUAUCAAAUAAA